AUGCCCAGUGGCUGGCAAUCUCGCUCUCCCAACGACCCUGUGAUAAUAGAUGGAGAGGUCAUCGGCAAUGAUCCGCGCGGUACUAAUAUCGCGGUUCAUUCUGUUGCAGUCCUGCCUGAGUAUCAAGGGACGGGGGUGGGGAAGUGUCUUGUUAAGGCGUAUGUGGAGUAUAUCAGGAAUGCGGGCAUAGAGGCAGAUCAAAUCAUGCUGAUAUGUCAUGAUUAUCUGAUUCGGUUUUAUGAAAGUGCGGGAUUUGUGAAUCGGGGGCCGAGUCCGUCUCGGUUUGCGGGUGGGGGGUGGUAUGAUAUGGUGUUGGAGGUUUGA